CAUGGCCAGCCUAAAAUCUGUUUGCGAUGAUUAAUACAUCGAUUUUCGAAAGAAAUCUGUCAGAUAUUAUGCUGUUGAAAGCGAAGUUAAUUUCUACUUAAUAAAAGCACAGUCCAAUAAAAGACAACCAAUGGCAUCUCCAGUUUGCAUUAAAUUACAUAACAUCAAAAUGGUGAAAAUCAAAUAUGAAGGAAUGUUAUAUGAAGUAGCCACAUCUGGCUAUGACAAUCUUCUUAAUGACUUUCAAAAACACAUACCAGAAGUUAAGCAACUUCUUUAUGCCCGACCAUUGACUGAAGAUGAUUUUAAUCAACUAACUGAUGAGAGCGUGGUGUAUGCUAGUGGUGAUGAUACAUUCACACGAUUGGGAGGAAGUCACGGAUUGUUUCAACUUGAAUGUAGACAACCGAAUCAAAAUGGGCAAAACAUUCUGGCUAUAACUGAUUCAACAGAAGUAGCUAAGCUUCAGCCGGAUUUAUCGUUGGUGGACACUUAUUGUUCCCCUCCUUCUCUCUUUAUCGAGGCUCCACCUGACACUUCACCAAUUGAUACAGUUGCUGUUGCUAAAAGAGUACGAGAAGUUUUAGAAAAACACAAGAUAAGUCAAACAAUCUUUUCAAAAUAUGUCAUUAAACGUUCUCAAGGUACAACAAGUGAUUUGUUAAGAUGUCCCAAACAAUGGGAGAGGAUGAGUGAAGAUGGUAAAGUACCAUAUCGCCGCAUGAAGUCAUGGUUAGAUGGUGAUCUUCAACAUAAUUUGGAAGUGUUACUGCAGAUUAAACAAGGACAGGAUCACCUUUCCAUGACAGCGUUGCGAUGUAGUCGAACAAGAUUUACGGAUGAACAGAAAGAUGCUUUAGAGUCUUUUAUUUCCAAAAAUCCGCGAUUACAUCAUGAAAAACUUGAACAAUUUGCACGUGAAAAUCAUCUGACCAUUUCGUCCGUCAGAAACUGGGUUAACAACCGCAAGCAGAGAAUGAAACGCGAUUCAUCUUCUGGAGCAGAUGAUAACCCACCGAAAUGUUUGCGUUUGGAAAGUUCAUCUAGCGAACUUAUUGGUAUGGAGCAACAGUAUGAGAGCAGUACAAAAGAUGAAAAUUUGCCUAGCAUGUUAAAUACAUCAAAGAACGAAAGAGGAAAGAUAACACCACUUCAGUUUGCAGCAACAACAGUCACAGCGGACUUUGAUGAUUCAUGUUAUGAUGUCGAAUCUCCUACAACUAAUCUCGUUGAAAUAACACCUUUAAAACGAGAAGAUAAUAUUGAAAAGCAAACUUGUGUGUACGAAUGAAUGUGCGUAUUUUCGAUACACACGUUGAUCAAUAUUAUUUACACAUUACAGAAAAUUUAUAAGAAGAUAUAUUUCAAUAUCGUCAUAAUCAUAUGAGUUUAAGACGUUUUUACUCAAUUUAUUAUUUAAUAUACUUACAAUCAUAUUGUUCCAUUGAUUUAUAAUAUUCCAUUGAUCAUUAAAUUUAUUACAUAAAACUACACCAAUUUCUGUAUUGAAGAUCAAAGAUGUCAAUUUGUUAUAUUUACAUAGACCAUUUUGCUACGAGUAUCGUAACGUGAGUUGGAAAUAUUUUUGAAAUUUUAAGAAACCAAUAAAACAAUAAGUGCUAGUUUCAGAAAAUAA